AUGAAUUGCCAAUUGACUUUAUUGCAGGACGCAAAGAUAUCUGAUUGUUUACAUAUCUACACAGGCGCCAUCAGUGAGGAGGACACUAACGCAUGUGAACUGCAACCAUGUCAGAAUGGUGGCGUCUGCGAGAGCCAUCAUGGAGGCUACAGGUGCCUCUGCUCUCAACAGAGCCAAGAUGGCCGACUGUAUGGAGGUGAGAACUGCACAGUCGCCCUCCUGGGCUGCGACGGCAACCGCUGCAAGAAUGGCAGCAUCUGCUCUCCACUCUUCCUGAACGACUGCCACACCUACACCUGCACCUGCCGUGCGGGCUUCACCGGCUCCAAGUGUCAGACGUCUACCAUCUUCUCCUUCGAGACCAGCGGCUACAUGUAUGUGGAGACCCAGCUAUCGGACCCUGAAGCCCCUCUGAACAUCACCCUAAGCUUCAGGACGGACCGGCCCGUUGGCACCCUCCUCCAGCGCCGGGUCGAAGAUCUGCUGCUCACCAUCGAGCUGGUCGACAGCCACUUACGCCUCAGCAUGCUAAGAGGUCAAGGGUCAAGAAGGGCAGUGGUUCUGGAGCUACCGCCGAGCGUGUCGGAUGGCCAGUGGCACACUGUGGAGGCCUGGCUGGGCAGUGAGGCGGAGGGAAGCGGGGUCAGACUGCUUCAGUCCUCCUGUGAUGAGGUGGGCUGCACCAGGGAGUUCCCCACCACCGAGACCACCCUGCUGGAGCAAGGCUCCGGCCUCCCCGAGCCCGGCUCGGUCCAUCACAGCCUCUUCCUAGGAGGGGUGGGACUGGGCUGGGGCUCCGGUGGGGUAGCAGGAAAGAGGACGCCUGAGGCUGCUGACCCGCCUGUCCCACGUGCCCCGACUGCCCACUUCCUGGGCUGCUUCCGGGACGUGUUUGUGGAGUCACGGCUGGUGGUGCCUGCCCCCGCCAACUCGCCGGCUCAGAUCAACGUCACAGCGGGGUGCAGCGACAAGGACAAGUGUGACGACAAUCCGUGUCAGAACCGGGGGCAUUGCAUAAGCCAGGGAUGGAGGAGCUAUGUGUGCGAGUGCUACAGACCGUAUAAUGGGACUACUGACUGCGCCGAGGGUAAGGCCUGGAGAGUGUGGUCUGAAAACACUGAAGAUGUGGCAGUAAAUGAGAGCCACAGCUUAAGAAUGUUUCUUUAUUGUUAUAAUUUUUUUAAUCAAUUUGAUCUAUUACAUUUCAAUGUAAUAAUAUCACAUAUCCUAUUAGAGCAAUCAUUAUGUGCUUCUACUACAGCUUGGAUAAUGUAGCUAAGAACAAUGGAAAUGGUCAACCCGAGAAGGUACGGGUCAUUUUGGACAAUCUAUGGCCUGAGGUACAGGUCAACAGUUCAGCCUCAGAAUCACUCCAAAAUCUGAAUGGCUGGACCUGUAAUGUGGCACCGAACAGAUGGAUAAAGUAGCCUGUGGCAGACUGCAAAGGAGCUUAGAGAACUAGUAAAAAUAGCAUAUACAGUACACACACACACACACACACACACACAGGUACACACACACACAGGCACGCAUGCACACACACACACAAACUCACACACACAGAGGCAGAAAGGAGCAAAUAAAAUAACACCUGACCUUAGGAUUAAGGAGCCGACUGGGAGCGCCUUCACUUCCCAGAAAACAGGGAUUCCCAAGGACUCCCGCCACAAUGCUUUAAUGUGAUGGGUGGAAAUAACUGGUCCGAGUUCUGAGUACUGGUCCGGUUCACCUUGAAUCAGGGAUGGGCAACUCUAGUCCUCAGUCCUCAGGGGCCGGAUUGCCCCAGCUCACACCUGACAAUAUCCCAUCCCUGCGGCUUGAAGGAGUGGCAUAAACAUCUCAGGCUGGUACCAAGUCAAAGUUGGGGGCAAUUCCAUUUUAAAUUUUAGGAGAUUCAUUCAAUUCAUCAUUUGAAUACUUUUCGUGUCACGAAUAGAAUUUCAAUUCACUUCAUGACUUGACUGAGUUUAAAUGGAAUUGACACCAAUCCUGGUACCCAGCAUAGUAAACAAUCUAUAGCCUAGUUUUGGAAAAAGAGAGGGCCCUAGCACACAGUGGCCCGCCUGGAGAUUGGUACACUCUUAGAAAAAAACUUGCUAUCUAGAACCUGAAAGGGUUCCCCAUAGGAGAACCCUUUGAUUAAUUAUUUUUGGUUCCAGGUAGAACCCUUUUGGGUUCCAUGUAGGACCCUUUCCACAGAGCGUUCUACAUGGAAUCCAAAAGUGUUCAAUGUGGAACCAAAAAGUGUACUCUUAUGGGGACAGCCGAAGAACCCUUUUGGAAACCCUUUUUUCUAAGAGUGUAGUGGAAACCAUGCUAUAGUCUUUGUGUUCUGACACUAUCUCUCUUUGUUAGUUCUUCAUCUAUCCAUUAAGUAAUUGGGAGGAUAUAGUUUGCAACUUUCUUUAUUUUUUUGAAACUCUCUCUCUCUGUAUCAACGCAGAGUACAUCACCGCCAGGUUCGGGAACGAGGACGCAGCAAGCUAUGCUGUCUUCUCCUUGGACGACCCCCUGGGUUCUGGCACCAUCGUCAUAUCCAUGUUUGUGCGCACGCGGCGCCCCAGCGGCCUCCUCCUGGUCCUGGCCAACAGCACCAGCCAGUACCUCCACCUGUGGCUGGAUGACGGCCGUGUCAAAGUUCAGUUGAACAACUUUGAGAGCCUGGCGGGGCGCAAAGUGGUCAACGACGGUCACUUUCACUUGGUGAUGGUGCGGCUGGAGGGCGACUCUGUGACUCUGUUACAGUCUGCCCAGAGCCAGGGAACCAUCCCCGUCCGGCCCGUGGUGGCUCAGCCAGGGGACCUGGUCUACGUUGGGGGCCUGGCCAACCAGAGAGCCUCGGCAUCCUUCGGGGGUUACCUGAAAGGCUGUGUCCAGGACCUGAGAAUCAACAAUAAACGGCUGCAGUUCUUUCCCAUAGGAACUCCGGUGGCCUCGUACGGCCUGGAAGAGCUGAUCAACGUCACACAGGGAUGUACCAGUGACAACACCUGCAGUGUGAGUAACUGGACAUACACUAUACAUAUACUACAUACUAUACUGACACAGCACAGUUGCCCCAUGACACACCACCGUUUCCCCAUGACAACACCACAGUUUCCCCAUGACAACACCACAGUUGCCCCAUGACAACACCACAGUUGCCCCAUGACAACACCACAGAGUUUAUAAACCCAGAGUUCCUAGCGGCCAAUACUUCCUGGGAUGCCCGCGAAGUAGACCUGACAGACCAGACCAGGAUUUGGGGUUUGGGAAGUCAAUGAAAGAGUGAAAGAUAACUUCCUUAGUGUGACGGACACAUCUAGCCGCACUGCUAAAUGUCCCUAUCCUAUGCACUUUAACAUUCAUUUGCACCAAACAUUUAGCCUUGUUCAAUUAAUGUUAAUGAUAAUAUGUACAUUAUACUUAAAAUCACAUUUAUAGUAAACAUUUUAAGAAUUAUAAUUUAUAUGAGUAUCUUUACAGCCUACCUGCCUUGGAUAUUUGGAACUGGCCAUUCCCUUCUGAGCGCCAACCUUUUGGCUUUAGUUAACCCUUGAUUUGAGUUGCUCCUCCUCUGCUAUGUAGACCUCAGUUAUACUUUAUGUUGAGGCUUUAGAACAUUUUACUUUUAUUCAUUUACCGACCUUAUACUUAUAAUAUUUUACGCAACUUAUGGUUUGAAUUCUCUUACAUUGUUAACAACUUAAAGUUUAGGAAAAUAAAACCCCUACUACAGUGUUUGCACUCAGUUUUCUCAUUGCCUGCUUGGUCCUUACCCUACACUUAGUUGUUUAUUUUCUCUCAUUUCCAUACAUGAACUUAGCUAGCUAACGUCGCCAUGACAUCGCCUACAAGCUUGAUCAGGGAUUUCUAUUGGAGAAGCAGUUUCUGGAACUGUUCCUGUAUAUUCUCUUUGGCAACAAAGUUGCCCAAAGACACUGCACAAUUUCCCCAUGACAACACAGUUUCCCCAUGACAACACAGUUUCCCCAUGACAACACAGUUGCCCCAUGACAACACAGUUGCCUCACCAUGACAAAGUCAACUGCUUGACAGAGUUAUUAUUUGUCUCUUUCAGAACAACCCAUGUCUGAACGGCGGCAUGUGCUACCCCAUGUGGGACGACUUCAUCUGCAAUUGCCCACCCAACAUUGCAGGGCGGCGCUGUGAGGAGGUCAAGUGGUGUGAGCUGUCUCCGUGCCCCUCGACCGCAGCCUGCCAGCCCCUCUCACAGGGCUUUGAGUGUGAGUUCCUAGUUCCCCUUUCUGAAUAGAUUAUCAACCAAGCAAUGCAAUCCAUUCUGCAGAAAUCCAAAGUCAAAUUGCACUAUUACUCACAUCAAUGUCUCUCAAACCUCUCUUUUAAUACUGCCUGCAAGGUCCAAUUACACUAUAUAUACAAAAGUAUGUGGACACCCCUUUAAAUUAGUGGAUUCGGCUAUUUCAGCCACACCUGUUGCUGACAGAUGUAUAAAAUUCAGCGCACAGCCAUGCAAUCUCCAUAGACAAACAUUGGCAGUAGAAUGGCCUUACUGAAGAGCUCAGUAACAUUCAACAUGGCACCGUCCUAGGAUGCCACCUUUCCAACAAGUCAGUUGGUCAAAUUUCUGCCCUGCAAGGGCUGUAACAACGGCUCAGCCGCAAAGUGGUAGGCCACACAAGCUCACAGAACGGGACUGCAGAGCGUUGAAGCGCGUAGUGCAGAAAAAUGGUCUGUCCUCGGUUGCAACACUCACUACCGAGUUCCAAACUUCCUCUGGAAGCAACGUCAGCACAAGAACUGUUCAUCGGGAGCUUCAUGAAAUGGGUUCCCAUGGCUGAGCAGCCGCACACAAGCCUAAGAUCACCAUGUGCAAUGCCAAGUGUCAGCUGGUGUGGUGUAAAGCUUGCCGCCAUUGGACUCUGGAGCAGUGGAAACGCGUUCUCUGGAGUGAUGAAUCACGCUUCACGAUCUGGCAGUCCGAUGCCAGGAGAACGCUACCUACCCUAAUGCAUAGUACCCACUGUAAAGUUUGGUGGAGAAGUAAUAAUGGUCUGGGACUGUUUUUCAUGGUUCAGGCUAGGCCCAUUAGUUCCAGUGAAGGGAAAUCUUAACGCUACAUCAUACAAUGACAUUCUAGAUGAUUCUGUGCUUCCAACUUUGUGGCAACAGUUUGGGGAAGGCCCUUUCCUGUUUCAGCAUGACAAUGCUCCCAUGCACAAAGCGAGGUCCACACAGAAAUUGUCACGAUCGUCGUAAUGAACAGACCAAGGCGCAGCGUGAUGAACGAACAUGUUUAACUUUAUUAUCUUUAGUGAUAAUAGAACACAAUCAACAAAACAAGAAACGACUCGUGAAGUCCACGGUAACAAUGACCGAACACGGAACAAGAACCCACAAACACAAAGGGAAAAUAGACAGUAUAAAUAUGGCUCCCAAUCAGAGACAACCAACGACAGCUGACACUCGUUGCCUCUGAUUGGGAGUCACUCUAGCCAACAUAGAAAUAAACACAACAGAAUUACCAACAUAGAAAUAAACACAUAGAAUGAACACACCCUGGCUCAACAUAUAGAGUCCCAGAACCAGGGUGUGACAGUACCCCCCCCUAAAGGCGCGGACUGCGACCGCGCCUCAACCUGAACAAAACAGGGGAGGGCUGGGCGGGCAUACCUCCUCGGCGGCGGUUCUGGCUCCGGCCUUGACCACCGUCCUCCAAUACACCCCCCAUAGUGCCCCUGAUCCAGUCUGGCCCUGCCGGCUGGAGCUGAACUGGACUUAGCAGGAGCGGUUAGCUUCAGCUCCAUAGUGGAGCAGUUGACCGGUACCUUACCAGGCACCGGUGACCCAGGCACGGGUUGUGCUGGACUGACGACGCGCACCCCUGGCUUAGUGCGUGGAGGAGGAACGGGCCUUACCAGGCUGACGACGCGCACCCCUGGCUUGGUGCGUGGAGGAGGAACGGGCCUUACCAGGCUGACGACUCGCACCCCUGGCUUAGUGCGUGGAGGAGGAACGGGCCUUACCAGGCUGACGACUCGCACCCCUGGCUUAGUGCGUGGAGGAGGAACGGGCCUUACCAGGCUGACGUCUCGCACCCCUGGCUUAGUGCGAGUGGCAGGAACAGGCCGGGCCAGGCUGGCGACGCGCACCGUAGACUUGGUGCGAGUGGCAGGAACAGGCCGGGCCGGGCUGGCGACGCGCACCAUAUACUUGGUGCGUGGAGCAGGGACAGGCCGGACCGGGCUGGCGACGCACACCGUAGGCUUGGUGCGAGUGGCAGGAACAGGCCGGGCCGGUCUGGCGACGCGCACCGUAUACUUGGUGCGAGUGGCAGGAACAGGCCGGGCCGGGCUGGCGACGCGCACCGUAGACUUGGUGCGUGGAGCAGGGACAGGCCGGACCGGGCUGGCGACGCACACCGUAGGCUUGGUGCGUGGAGCAGGGACAGGCCGAACCGGGCUGUGGAGACGGAUAGGAGACCUGGAGUGAAGAGCGGCCACAACCCGUCCUGGCUGAAUGCCUACCCUCACACACUCUGUGUGAGGCAUCCGCACAGGACGUACAGGGCGGUGUAUCCGUAACCUGGUGGCCUUCUGAAUCCCGCCCUUUUUUGCCUCCGUCAGCCCCGUCGUCCAUGCCGUGUGCCCCCCCCUAAAAAUUUUCUGGGGUUGCCUCUCGCCUGUCCGACGUUGACCCGUUUGGCGCCGCUGCUCCUCUCUACGGCGCCUCUCCACUGUCUCACUCCAUGGCCGGCGAUCCAUCCCGGCCAGGAUUUCCUCCCAAGUCCAGGACCCUUUACCGUCCAAUAUCUCCUCCCAUGUCCAGGCUGCCUGCUCCUCUCUACGGCGCGCCUCCACCGUCUCUUCUCCCGGCGCUUCCUCCCAUGUCCAGCCCAAGAGCUGCCCCUGGACACGCUGCUUGGUCGUUGCAUGGUGGGUUCUUCUGUCACGAUCGUCGUAAUGAACAGACCAAGGCGCAGCGUGAUGAACGAACAUGUUUAACUUUAUUAUCUUUAGUGAUAAUAGAACACAAUCAACAAACAAGAAACGACCGUGAGUCCACGGUUCGAACAGACAAGAACCACAACACAAGGAAAUAGACAGUGGCUCCCAAUCAGGAACUGACACUGUUGCCUCUGAUGGGAGUCACUCUAGUAGAAUAAACACAACAGAAUUACCAACAUAGAAUAAACACAUAGAAUGACACACCCUGGCUCAACUUAGACCAGAGCCGGUUGUGAAGAAAUGGUUUGUUGAGAUCAGUGUGGAAGAACUUGACUGGCCUGCACAGAGCCCUGACCUGAACCCCAUCUAACACCUUUGGGAUGAAUUGGAAGGCCGACUGCGAGCCAGGCCUAAUCGCCCAACAUCAGUGCCCGACCUCACUAAUGCUCUUGUGGCUGAAUGGAAGCAGGUCCCCCCAGCAACGUUCCAACAUCUAGUGGAAAGCCAUCCCAGAAGAGUGGCGGCUGUUAUAGCAGCAAUGGGGGGGACCAACUCCAUAUUAUUGCCCAUGAUUUUGGAAUGAGAUGUUCGACGAGCAGGUGUCCACAUAUUCUUGGACACGUAGUGUAUUUGACCUAAUCCAGUAUCAGCGCACCUGAUUCAAUUACCGGUAGUUCACUAAUCAUCAAGCCCUUCAUUAGCUGAAUCCGGUCUGCUUGAUAAGUUCAAUCAGGUCUGCUUAAUUAGUUGAAUUAAGUUUGCUGUACUUUAAUAGAUCAGUGGAACUGGCCGGGGGUUCUUGACGAGAGGUCAGGGAAACGCAGACAUAUGGCAAUUGCUUCUCUGUAUUUGACAUAUUUUAUAUAGAGUAGGCUAGUAUGUCGUGUGUAUCCACUGAAUGGACUGUUGAAUUCCCAUGAGCCAAGCUUAUGCCCCAGAUGAACCAUACCGCCACAUGAUUCAAGAGGUUUAGGCGCUAGAAUUCUCUCAAGCAAUGCCAGGUGUUUGACCGGCACUACUUGCAUGAUACACCAUUAUCCAUCCAUAUGAGCCGGAUUUACUAAGAGGUUGCACCAGGUGUGAAGGUUGUUUGCAGGUGCAGUCCUUUCCAGAUUGACAGCAGGUGCAAAGGUUGCUCCUGUUUGAUCAAUAGGGAAUUACAGCAUAAGGUCUCUAUAUGGUUCCUUACCCUGAAAGUAGUCUAUAAACUAGGAGAGACUGUAAUCCAUGGUUCAGAUUUGUUUAAACAGCCACCAUUAAUUUCAGUAACUUUAGCCUAGGGUAACCAGAAAUCAAUGGGAGAGAUGGGGGCAACCGUUAAUGACUCAUGUUACAUAAAGGUGUUUUAGCCCAAAAUGUUGAACACUGCACUUGCCCCUUCUCUCUCGUUGAUUUUUGGUUAGCCGUGGCUAGCUGAAUCAAGUUAGCUGAAGUUAGUAGUAGCCAUUUAAAGAAAUUCAAACCAUGGUUUGCUGUCUCUCCUGCCUGGCAAUUGGACUAGUGACAGGGUAAGGCACCAUACAGCUAACGGUAAGGUCUAAAAUAGAGAACUUAUCCUUCCAUUCCCAAUUGAACAACCUGCCUCAAUCCAGAAGUACUGCACUCUUUGCACCUGGAGCAACCGAUUAUUAAAUCCGGCCCAUAUGGAUGGAUAACCCUGUGUCAUGUAAGGUUCCCCCUUCAGUAGAGUUUGUUAAUGGUUUGUAACAUUCUGUCUACUGUAACAUACAUGGGUGCAAUCUGUAAUAAACGUUUCCUCUUGCUGGCUCUUAGUGAAUGUAACUGUUUAAAGUGUUGCUUCUUGUGCCACUGAGGAUAUUUCAGUUACAGAUUUAGUUUUUUUAAGCCUCUGCUGUUUUGCAUUCCAGGUGUAUCCAACGUGACCCUCCGGAAUGACAGCAUACUGUCCUACAGAGGCAACGGGAAGAUCAGGCACCACCUCAGCAGCGUCCUCCUCAGUGUGCGAACCAGGCAGACGGACGCCACCCUCCUACACACCGAGAAAGGCUCUGAGUUCCUCACCAUCUCCCUCCAGGACUCCCACCUGCUGCUGGAACUACAGGCCGGCAGUGGCGAGGCCUCCCCCAAGCUCACUGCCCAGAGCCGGGGCCUGCUCAGCGACGGCCAGUGGCACACAGUGGAGCUCUCCAUGGAAGCCCCGGAUCUACAGAACUCCAGGUGGAUCAUGGUCCUGGAUGGGGGAAGAGAGGGAGGAGAGGAGGAGUAUGUUGUGUCUGAGGCCACCUCUGGGAGCCUGGCCUUCCUCAGGGAGGGAGUGGACAUCCUCCUGGGAGGUCUGGGGCCAGAGGCUGGGGGGAAUUUGGAUGGAUGUCUGGGCCCCGUCCAGAUUGGGGGGCUCCCGCUGCCCUACUAUGGAGAUACUGACCUGAACCUUCCCAGGCCCCAAGAGGAGCAGUUUGUGAAGGCCCCCAGUGUCGCCACCCCCCAAUAUGGCUGCUGGGGGGCCAGUGUGUGCGCGCCGAACCCCUGUCUAAACCAGGGGGUGUGUGAGGAUCUCUUUGACCUCUCCCUCUGCAGGUGCCCUCCCGAGUGGAUGGGGCCACAAUGCCAGAAUGACGCCGACACCUGCGCCGUCAAGCCCUGUGUCCAUGGCAACUGCAGUGUGUUGGGGGAGGGAUAUGUAUGUGCAUGUGAGCUGGGGUAUGAGGGGACCAGGUGUGAGAAGGAUGUGGAUACGUGUGACAACAACAAGUGCGGCCUGGGGGCCACCUGUCUCAGAGGCCUCCUGAACUACGCCUGCCUCUGCCCAAGGAACAUGACCGGGCCCCUCUGCGAGUAAGUCUCAAACGCUUCUCAUAUUCCCUCCCAACCCUAACCCAACCUCACCCUAAUUUAUCUUAAAGAAAAUAGAAAAGAUCCAGAAACAAAUAUGCAAGCACUUAACAAAACAAUCCAAAGCUAUAACUCAAUUGUGUAUGACGUAUUUUCAUAUGUCAUAAUUUAUGUCAAGGGUGAUAUGAACACAAAUUGAUACCUGAUGAAUCAUUAUCUUUUAGUGAAAAGGUCCCAGAAGUCCCAUGGUACAUUGAAAAGAUACCGUAAGUUAUUUCAAGUUCUUUCAAGUGAUUGCAUGUUUUUUUUUUUUAAAGUCAUAUCCUCUCAAGCCAAUUCUAGCUCACAUCUGUGGUGAUUAGACACAUCAACUUAAUCAAUUAACAAUCCCCUUUGAGCCAUUAUGCCUGCUAUCAGCCUCCUAACUGUCAGGUAACUGACGCUUGUGUGUUUGUGUCGCUCAACUCUAGAUACCCCAACCUGCCCGUGUCCGUGUGUCCUGGAGACAGAUGGAACUACAGCUGCUUCAACGGGGGGAACUGCUCUAAGCUGGACUACACCUGCGACUGUCUGCCCGGUUUUAUAGGGCAAUGGUAAGCCAUGGCUAUAAACAAUGGUACAUCUGUAGUAAACGCUUGGGUCAAUGAAUCGCAAUGAAACCUAAGUGUAAUCGGGACAAUCCUUUUCCUAAGCAAAGGAUCCCAAUUUCAACCUCGAAAAACUCAAAAUGUUAGAAACUUGGAUCUGAAAACGGAUCUUAUAUACUUUAUUGGAAUAACCCUCUGUGACUUUAAAGAAUAUGUAUCUUAAAACUGUGACACCUUAAAGAUGUCUCAAUGUUUGGUCAACUCCGUCAGAUUUGUCUAAAAUCCUAAAUUAUUGAGGAAUGAGCAGGUUCAACUAUACAUAAGGACCCCUUCUUAAUUUCAUGUUUACAUAUAGUGUAACAAGACCACUCAGGGUCCGGAAAGUUCUCUACUUUUGCUAGAUUUAAACAAAAUAUAUUGAUAUCACCAUGGUAAACAAAAACAUAACCUGUCAACUACAUCUCCCUUGAAGAUUGAGAUAGAAUAUGUUCAUUUUAAUUAGGUUUUAGAGUCAUAAAGCAACUGGGAAUAAAACAAAAUUGCUACUCAGUAUACCACUUGAAUGAAGAAGAACAAUUUUUGCACCAAUUGUUAUGAUAUGGGGGUUGGUUUAGUAUUAGCAUGGAUAGACGGCACACUACCACUUCCACACCUUAUCCCUAUGUGGCAGCAGCAACCGACUGCAAGUACAGUGCCCAGCCUUGAUAAGUAAACAGGUAUGGGCAAUUAAAAAUUAUGGGCAAACAGUAAGAGACGUGUCCAGAAGCCUCCUGGACUACGAGUGUUUGUUUUGGGGUUAUCUUUUGGAGCAUGCAUUUUUUUACUUUCGUUUUUAUAUAUAUAUAUAUAUAUAUAUAUAUAUAUAUAUUUAUUUUGUCACCAUGAAUUGAACAAGUCAAUAGCCCUCUUGGGCUGGCCGACCCAGGAGUCAGGACGGAGCAGGCCCAGGACCUAGGUAAGGUUGAUGUCUCCUGGGGGCAAAUGCAUACAACACGGUCCGCAUACUCUGACGUCUCACAUAAAUGCACACAUUAAAUCAGGUUACAGACCAUUUAGCUAGGCCUAGGACUCCUAGACUUAGAAAGUGUAUCAAACUCAGCAGGCUAGCUAGUUGGUUUCAUAACUCAAUGUAUAUGAAUAAUAAUAAUGCCAUUAAUAUUAUUCAAAUAUACAAUUAUUGUUAAAUAUAACUAAUAUAUAAGUAUAUUUAGUUAAAUCCCCCGUCUGUCACAGGUGUGAGGUAGACUUUGAUGAGUGUGUGUCAGGCCCCUGUGAAUACGGAGGCUACUGCCACAAACUUGUCAACAACUUCCACUGUAUAUGUCAGAUGAACUUCUCAGGUGACCAGUGUCAGAUCGAUGUCAGCGACUUCUACUUGUACCUGGCCCUGGUGCAGUUGCAAUACAUGUUCCAGCUCAUGUCCUACCUUAUAUUGAACCUCGACGAUGGCCCAGAGAUCGACUGGGGACAUCUGCAAAUAGAUGACGACUAG